GGAAGCAGGACGUGUUCAAAAUCAGGAAGGCUAAGCUAACACGCUAACUUAAAGAGUUCAAAGCUCAACAAGCGGCGUGGACUUUGAUGCUCUCUGAGUUUGUGCUCGUGGAAUAAUCACAGCAGGAGUCAGGAUGAGUCUGCAGUGGACGGCGGUCGCCACCUUCCUGUACGUUGAGGUCUUCUUCGUUCUGCUGCUCUGCAUCCCCUUCAUCUCACCUAAGAGGUGGAAUAAGAUCUUUAAGUCUCGUCUCAUUCAGACCAUCGCUCUCUAUGGAAACACCUCGUUCAUGGUGGCCAUCGCCAUCCUCGUCUUCCUGCUCAUCGAUGCUUUCCGUGAGGUGAGGAAGUACAGCGUGACGGAGAAAGUCGACCUCACCAACAACCCGACCGCCAUCGAACACAUCCACAUGAAGCUGUUCAGAGCUCAGAGGAACGAGUACAUCGCCGGCUUCGCCCUGCUGCUCUGCCUGUUACUGCGUCGUCUGGCCACUCUGCUCUCCCAGCAGGCCACACUCAUGGCGUCAAACGAAGCCUUCAAGAAGCAGGCGGAGGGCGCCAGCAACGCCGCCAAGAAGUACAUGGAGGACAACGAGCUGCUGCAGGAGAAACUGCGCGACGCCGGCGUGGAGGUUCCCGAGGGCGGGAAGAAAGGAGCAGGACCUCAGGAGGAGAACAAGAACCUGAAAGAGGAGGUGAAGACGCUGAAGGAGGAGCUGACCACCACCAAGAAAGCUCUGCAGAAGUCUGACAGCGACGUGCGUGCGAUGAAGUCACAGGCGGAGAAUCUGACGGUGGAGUACGACAGACUGCUGGAGGAGCACAGCAAACUGCUGGCGAGCAGCGACAAGAAAUCUGACUGAGAAGAACCAAGACGGUUUCCAGCUUCUCUCAUCGUCCUCAUCGUCGUCAGCAAAACUCUCUCCAGAAUCCACGCCACCGUCCUGCUCAGAGAUGUGAUGU